AUGCUCCAACCACGCAUGCUCUCCAGAGAGGAGGAGGGUGCUACAGCUGGCAGUGAAGAGAAUGAAGUCCGACGUGAGGACCAGGAGAAGAUCAAUCGGUUUAGUCGGCUUCAUCAGCGUGAAACUGUGCUUGAGGAUCAGUUGAAGGGGAAGCAGAAAGAUAAGGAGGAUCUGGAAGAGGUUUCUAUGGAGCUUGAACUCGCUGAUGAGGAUGAGCUCGUACCAUACAAAAUUGGUGACUCGUUCUUCCAGCUUCCACUCGAAGACGCACAAUCUAUGCUUUUGGCCUCUUCCGAUCGGAUUGAUGCAGAUGUGUCGAAGCUAGAGGACAAGCUGAGUGAAUUGCGAGAUGAGUUGCAAGAGCUGAAGGUUUCCCUGUACGCUCGAUUCGGUCGGAGCAUCAAUCUCGAGACUUGA